AUGCAGGGGGCCUUCGUGCGGGCGUUAGGCGCUGUGUACCAUCUCCAGUGUUUCAAGUGCAUGGACUGUGGUGUCGUCGUCGCGUCCAAGUUCUUCCCCAUUGACGGCCAAGAUGGCAAGCAGCACCCGCUGUGCGAGCGAGACUACUUCCGGCGUCUGAACCUGAUCUGCGCCAAGUGCGGCAUGGCGCUGCGGGGCAGUUACAUCACGGCGUGCAACAAAAAGUUCCACGUUGAGCAUUUCACGUGCUCCGUAUGCCCGACGCUCUUCGGCCCGCAAGACUCGUACUACGAGCAUGAGGGAGACGUGUACUGCCAUUUCCACUACUCGACACGAUACGCGACGAAGUGUGCUGGGUGCAAUAGCGCGAUCCUCAAGCAGUUCGUGGAGAUUAACCGGAAUAUGCGCGACGAGUGCUGGCACCCAGAAUGUUACAUGAUCAACAAGUUUUGGAAUGUCAAGGUUUCUUCCCGACGGCCUACAAGUCUUCUACCACCUGAAGAAGGCGAGAGCAGCUCCUCCUCAGAACCGCCCUACGUAGAGGAGGAACGCCGGGAAACCGCUCACUCACUCAGGGAGAAGCAGAUAAGGAUGGAACAGCAGGUUUAUCGGAUAUGGACCGUGUUGUCUGCCUUUGAGGAGUCUAGCGCCGCGUGCAUAUCCGACAUGUUGCGGCAGGUCAGCAACGGACAAUAUCUCGACGCCAUCCGGAUGGCCGAGAAAUUCAUUUUGCAUGUCGAAGUUCUCUUUGCCACUAUUGACGACCUGGAAUACCACUUCUCACGACUCAGGAUGAAGGGCAUGUCUCACGUACGGGAGGCGCGCAUGCUAUGUCGCAAGACCGUCGAUCUGUUCACUCUGCUGUCACAUACCCAGGAGACGGGUGCGCGACGGAUGGGUAUGACACAAGAGCUGCUCGCCCUUGUUACCGGGCUUGCACAUUACCUGAAGAUUCUCAUCCGAAUCGCUCUUACCGGUGCACUGAAGCUGGAGAGAGAGCAGGACGUACGGGAGGCGAUCACGAACUUCCUCGACAAACUACACAUGCUCGCUAUCCAGGGCGCAAAUCCUGCUGCGCGGCGGAUUAUGAAGCGUGCGAACGGGGAGCUCGUUCCCCAGAACGACUCAGGCAAUGUCGGCACGCAGGGCGUCACCUACGGGUUCAAGAGCCUGGCACCCGAGAACGCUGGCGAGAGCCCGUUCAGCGCUUCGCCGAAAGAUCCCUCGCUGGCCAAGGUAGCCGUCGUCAACCCGCCCUCGGACCUGUGUAUAAAGUGCAACCAGACUGUUGAGGAGGAUUGCGUGCGGCUAGGGACGUACCAGCGAUGGCAUUCCCACUGCCUCAACUGCCAAACAUGUGGGAAGAUCGCGGCAAUGCCAGCCAUCAAGGAGCCAGUUAAGAGUCCCAGUCAGGACGACCAGGGCAAGGAGCUUGUGGGUCAAGACAAAGAUUCGAAGCAGCCCAAGCUGUCCACGGCACGCCGGCCACCCGCGAACGUUAACGCCUUCGUCUUUGACCUGGAUUCCAUGAAGGAGACAUCCUCGUUCGGUACCGUGCCAACUGUCGUCUUUUGCACCGAACAUGCGCACUCCAAUUGUCGCGCUGGCUUCCAGGCCGUCUCCCGGUUGGAACAGUAUGCGUUUCUGCUGAACGUCGCCCUGCGGAGAUUGUACGUGCUGCUCAAGAAGCGCGGUGUCGUGCCUCUAUCUCCAGCGGCCACGUCAAUCCCAGGCCAACCUCCGCGAGAGUUGGAGGAGGACCCGUACAGAAACUCCGCCGACAUGAAUCGUCUUCGCUCCGUUCAUCUAGACCGCAAGCUAUCAUCGACAGCCCGGGUGCCAAAGCGGUCAACGAUCGUCGAGAGCCCGACGGGCAAGGUCGCCCAUCCCACGGAUAUGGCCCACCGUCCACAGCAAGUGGCCGCGACCGCGCACCAUGCUCCGCAAACCGCACAACAGUCCUCCAUGCGGCCCACGAAAGCGCCCCACGUUCACACCCAACACCCGCCCCAACCACAUCAGCAGCGGUCAUUACCGUCGCCAGGGACGAUCGACACAAGCGUGCAAGGUCAGGUUAUCCGACCCGCAUUCGCGCGCGGGAACACUGCGGUCAAGAUUGUCGACGAGUCCGGGCCAAACUCGCCUGCAGGUGGCGCCGCUGACCACGACGGGAUGGUGGGCGGGAUCGAGGACGGUAUCACCCUUGCGGAUAUCCCGCAGCUCGUCGAGGCAGCGCAGGCGCGCGAGCAGCGGCGGUCGCUCCCGAACCAGAACGCGACGCCGUACAUCGCGGAGCUGAACCCAGUGCAGCUUGCGAUCGUGAAGCACUGUGCGGUGUCGGUGCUGCAGCGGUCGCCGCUGCGGGACCAGUUCGACCUGGAUGAGAUCCUGGAGCUGGUGGAGCUGAAGAAGAGUUCGUUCUGGAACAAGCUCUUCAAGCCGGGUAACGACAAGAAGAACGUGAAGAAGAAGGGCGUGUUCGGUGUACCUUUGGAGCUUCUGGUCGAGCGGGAGGGCGCAGAUUCCCUGCUGGGUGCUUCGCGUGAGACGCUACGGAUUCCAAGUUUUGUGGACGACGUCAUCUCAGCGAUGCGACAAAUGGAUAUGUCCAUUGAGGGUAUCUUCCGGAGGAACGGCAACAUCCGUCGACUGAAGGAGCUCACGGAGGCGAUUGACCGAGAUGCGUCGUCAGUUGACCUCACGCAAGACAACCCGGUGCAGCUCGCAGCGUUGCUCAAGAAAUUCUUCCGAGACCUUCCCGAUCCUCUCAUGACGUACAAACUCCAUCGACUCUUCAUCGCAACACAAUCGCUUCCUGCAGAGCACGACCGAAAGCGGCUACUGCACAUGGUAUCACUCAUUCUGCCGAAGGCUCAUCGAGACACGUUGGAGGUGCUCUUCGUCUUCCUCAAGUGGGUCGCGUCGUUUGCCCACUUGGACGAAGAGACGGGCAGCAAGAUGGAUCUGCAGAACCUGGCGACGGUCAUCUGUCCGAGCAUCCUAUAUUCCCGGGGCGCGAACGCGGUGCGCGACGAGAGCUUUGGCGCCAUCCGCGUUGUCACCGCGCUGCUUGAGAAUCAAGACGAGUACUACUGCGUCCCCGAAGACUUCCUACCGAUCCUGCAGGGCGAGGAGCAGUUCGCCACCUGCAUGGAGCUUCCAAGCAGGGAGUUCUUGAAGAAGGUCGAGGCGUACAUGCGCUCGAGGUCGGGGGCGCGCACGCCCGGGCUGACAUCACCGAUCAUGGGCAACGCGCAGUUCAACUUCAACCCAGGCACGCCACGACCGGAGGACAUGCGCUCCAUGCCUCCAAGGUCUACGCAGUCGAACCCGCAGUUCCUGGACAGGCCGCCGCUGGGCAACCCCUCCCCCUCCGAGAGCCUGCUCCGGAACGGCCACCCUCAAUCCCGGCCGCAGCCGCCUCCUAUUCAGCACUCCCCCUUCUCCUUCCCGGCAGGGCAGAACGGCCCACAGUCGGCGACGCAGCCCCAGUCGAUGGGCGCGAUCCUCUCCCCGCAGCCGCGUGCGGCGCCGAACUUGCAGAACAUGCAGAACAUGCCGAGCAUGCAAAGUUUGCAGAGCCCGAGCGCGGAGUGGGGCAUGGACCCGCGCCUGCCGCCGAUGAUCCAGGACCCGAACCGGCCGUCCUCGCGCCCGCAGUCGUUCGUCAACAACCACACCGCGUCCUCGCGGACGAGCAGCGAGAGCCCGCACCCGUUCGUGCCCAACGGGCACCCGCAGCAGCAGCAACAGCAGCGUUGA